UACAGACCUCCAUUAACAAUAAACAUACAAAAAAGCUCCAUCGUUGGAGCAGAACACACUGGAAAAUCGCCCCUCAGAAGAAGCGGAAGAAGCCGUUUGUGGUCCGGGAGAGAACAGCAUCACCCUGGGUGUGUCUCUGAAACGGGAGCACAGUCGUGCUGCGGCUUGGAGGGGGACUUGUUGAGAGGAUGGAGAUGCGGCUGCAGCAGGUGAACAUGUCGGCUGGAUGCUGAGCAGCAGAAGCAGCAUCUGGCUCCUCAUCCCUCCAUCCUCCACAGCUGAUACAUGAGGCAACAUGGCCGCAAAGCAGCGCACCCUGCACAAACACUGAUCCACGGAAGAAACCCCAACACAGACUAGAUGGCGUUCAUGUCCCGGUUUUCUCGGUCCCGGAGCAGCUCCAGGUCUCCGAACCGAAAAGACUCGGAACGCGCCUCCCCGAACCUGAGCGUGUCGGAGCUGGAGAGGCUGCUGUACACUGGCAAGACGGCCUGCAACCAUGCAGACGAAGUGUGGCCGAGGCUCUACAUCGGAGACCAAGACAUUGCAUCAGAUCGGCGUGAGCUUGCCAAACUUGGCAUCACACACAUCCUCAACUGUGCACAGAGCAAGUGGCGUGGAGGAGCCGAGUAUUACGCCGGCAUGAACAUCACCUACCACGGCAUCGAAGCCCAUGACUCCCCUACAUUUGACAUGAGUGUCAACUUCUAUCCUGCUGCUGAGUUUAUCCACAAAGCCCUCACAAGUGGAGGUAAAGUGCUUGUCCACUGCACUGUGGGCGUGAGCCGCUCAGCCACACUGGUGCUGGCCUACUUGAUGAUCAGACAAAACCUUACGCUGGUGGAGGCCAUUAAGACAGUGAAAGACCACCGUGGCGUCAUCCCCAACCGAGGCUUCCUCCGCCAGCUCAACGGCCUGGACGGCAUCCUGAGAGAGAGCCGCAGAGCGACGCCACAGAGCUGCAAACACCCCCAACACACACACAGCCUGAGGUAGCAGCCAGGUACACUGAAGGAGGUAAAGCGUGACACUGCAGCUCUGCAGGGUUGGACUGAUACCAGUGUCUCCACACUCAGUUAAUUAAAUUUAUUGUAUCUGUUGAACCCUUAAGCCUCUAAAACAGCAGUAAAGCAGUGAAGACCUGUAUUCUUUAAGAUAUAAAGGGUGCAGUAUCUGUGAUGUUGUCUGAGCAAAUUCUAAUUAAGAACCGAACAGAGUAAUUUGCAGCAUAUGCCAACCUAACUCUGUCUCGAUCACACAACUGAUUUCAACGCGAAAUCCAAAUUUGUGUAUUUUGACCAAUAGCAAGCCCUCUUGACAGUGCUCAAGGCAACACAGAGAAAAAGGAGGAACUGCAUCCCAGAAUAUCUGGUUCUUUGAUACAAAGUCAAAGGCACAGGCUUGUGUACAUUGCUAAGAACCAGCCAAUCACUGAGUGUAAUGUUCAGUCACAUGCUACUAGCAGCGGAUGGAGGCUAAACAUGUUUAAGGUGUUGAGAAAACUGAUAAAUGACUACAAUUCAAAACACAUCAAUGAAACAAUAUCAGACUCACCCACAUACACAUUGCUGAGCUGUAAAGCAACCUAAAAGUUUAGAAACAUCCGGUUUAGAUGAUAUUUACCUUCAUAUCAUGCUUCCUGUAUGAAUUUCAAGCCGUAAGUAAAUUUUAAUCAAACUUCAGACCAUUCCAGUGAAAUCUAUGAAGACAUGAAGCCUAUUUUUAUUGCUGCUGCUGUUGGAAAAUGCUUCAGAUCUCUGCACUAGUAUCCAAAUCUUGAAAUUAUCUGAUUUAUUGGAAAUAGAUCAAACGAUGGCUUCUAAUACAUAGAUUAUUUAAAAUUAUUCUCAUUUAAUAAGGUUUGGACAGUAUUAUCACUGCCUCCUGGUGUCACCAGGUAAAUCUUGCUAGUUAGGGGCAGCAGCUGUACAAGGUGCAAGCAAAAAGUUCUUAGACUGUGGCUUACUCCAGGUCAUUGGACAAUAGAAGAGCUGCAAACUCCAGACCAGGGGAUGGAGCAUCAAGUCAGGAUCCCCAGGACCAUGAUUGCUAUAAAUUCAUCUGUCAUGGUUGGAUUGUCAGAGUUCUACUGUAACAUCUUUAGGGGUCUGAAGGGGAACAUUCGGUGCAAAUAACCUGAGCUGUGAUGUGGUGCUCAAAUGCACCAUGUUGCCAGUCACAGUGCAGUAAUUAUGGAUGUGUUUUGUGACCAUAACAUCAUCAUGGUUACGCUCCACCUGCCCAACUGUCCAGAUUAGGCUCCCUGCAAAUUCUUCCUGUUCUCCAAAAUGAAAUUCAGCAUAAGGGGUUGCUGUUUGGAGAUGGAGAGCCUAUCACAGAUUGUUCUUGACAUGCUUACAAGUGUCACAGGAGCACUGGGAGCAGCCUAUUACUGCACCAGUAAACUAAUUGAAGUAAAUGGAUUUUGAAUGUUAAAGGCAGAGUCUCAGAACUUUUUGAUUGCACUUCAUAAUGAUGACUGACAUUUUUGAUUAAUCUUAUGAUCAGUUACAAGACUUUUAACCCUGCUGCUCUUAUUUUCUUAUUUAAUGGGGAUCAGUUCAAGCAUUCCUAUCUGCCAGCCUGGAUUUUCUAUGUCAAAAUUGAUGGACUAAAAUGGGCACUAUGCCUGCCCUGGACCAUAUAUGGUCCUGACUCUUUUUUCUAAUGAAUAUGUUGGUUAAACCCAUGAUAUCUACCCUCAGAAAGAGUGUUUCUCAGUGAUUCUUGCCCAUAGCUUCAGUCAUUGCAGGUCUUCCCUCAACUUUUUUACAUUCAUUAAGUGCCCUGAAUAACUCAUUCUCUAGUUGUAGCCCAGGUCUAAACCAGCACAGCUAUGUAGCCUAUAGUAUUGUCAUAGUCCGUAUACAAUUACUAUCUGUUUGUGAAUAGCAACAUGCAGUAUACAGUACAAUUUUUGCUUUCAGUUGGGUGUUGAAUUAGUUCAAUGUGUUGUUUCAAUCCAGUGUAUUUCAAACGCUCCUUUUGUAUUAGAUGUGUACUGAUCUAAAACUCACACAUCUAUUAAACAUCUUCCAGUCUGGUGUACCACUUCACCUUUACAGUGACUGUUAGCUGUCCAGAGUAGCCGUACUCUAAGUGAUAAUUUAAUAUGCCAGCACAACAAGUGUUUAGAGUAGACGUGCAGUGUGAGAGAAUACCACAAAUGUGCCAUUGCAAAAGCUACCAACUGCCUGGAUGACAGGAGAGUGCACACAUAAUGUUCAGUGCAAGUCAUGCAAAGUCUGCUCUUUUGUCUCAGUGUUAAAAGUGAGGCUUCUGUUCUCAUGCUAGUGAAAAACAGUAGAAGAUCCAAUGCUGAAAUUUAAACCAGAUUUUCAAAUACCCUCCUGAGUGUUAUUAUAAUGAUUACCUCAAGUAUCAUGUUUGAAAUACACUUUUUGUGACUUGUGGUUUUCAUCUGUGUUGUUUUAACACCACCAUGAUGAUGGGAAGGAAUGCAGCAAAAUGUAUAUAAAAAUAUGGCUUUGUACAGUCAGUGGAAAUGUAAAGGUUUAGUUUGAAAUUCUUGGGAAGACAUUUAUUUGCUUUCCUUAAAAGAGUUGAAUGAAAUGACUGGUGCCACUCUAAUGUCUAAGUGUGGAGCUGGAGUUAGGAGUCAAUUGGCCUAGAUUAGCAUAAAGACUGAGAACAGGGGGAAGCAGCUAGCCCACCUCUGUCCAAAAAAUAAAAAACAAAAAAAUCACAAACUUAAAACAAAAUAGGUAUCAAACUAAAGAAAAAAAGAAAAAGAUUUAAAAAAAAAUAAAUAAAAGCACAUGUUACAAGUUAAUAAAAAGUCCAUCCACUUAUUAUCUUUAUCUAUACACUGCUUAAUCCUCAUUAGGGUUGCAGAGGGGCUGGAGUCUAUCCCAGCUGACUUAGGGUGAAGACAGAGGACACCCUGGACAGGUCACCAGUCUAUCACAGAACUACAUAUAGAGACAAACAAUCACACUCACAGAUAAUUAACCUCAGCAUGUUUUUGGACUGUGGGAAGAAGCAUGCAUGCACAGGGAGAACAUGUAAACUCUAUGCAGAAAGAUCCUGAGAAGGCCAGGAGGUGAACCAGGGAUCUUCUAGCUGCAAGGCAAAAGUGCUAACCACCAAGCCACUGUGCAGCUUUAAGUGCAGACUUUCAGCUUUAAUUUGAGGAUAUUUACAUCUAAAUCAGAUGAACAGUGUAGGAAUUACAACACAUUAUAUGUGCCCUUCACCUUUUUAAGGGAUAAAAAGUAAUUGGAUCCCAGGCCGAAACGCAAACCGGUGAUCUUGUAGCUGUGAGGCAACAGUGCUAACCAAACAAAAAGUCCCAAAUUAAAAAACAGAAGUUACAAAUUCCAGGUGUACGAGUCACAAAUUAAAAACAAAUAAGUUCCAAAUCAAACAACUAAUUUCCAAUUUAAAAAACUUUAGUCACUCAUUUAAAUUUCACAAAUUAAAAAUAUGUCAUGAAUUAAACACAUGAAAAUCAUAAAUGAAAAACAAGCAAAAAAAAAAAAUCACAUUUAGAACACAAAGCUACAAGUGAAAAACAAAUCAGUCUUUGCUAUGCCAUGCUAAGCUAAAUUAAAUGCCUCCUGGGUCCACCAUCCCACAGACAUUACAGUGGCAUUGAUCUUCUCAUCUCAUUCUCGAAUGUAAGUAAGUGUAUUUCACAAAAUAUCAAGCUAAUAAUUUAAAGUGUUUUGCAUUGUGGCCUUGGAAAGCAAGGCAGAGCAGCAAACGAUCUGGACACAAUUAGUUUAAGGGACAGUUUGUUUUCAUUGUGUGAUAAAUAAAUACCCAUUUGCAUCGUAGCUGGCUAAUUGCGGAGGUUGAUCAGCCCCAAUGGGCCACAUCUGACUCCUGUAUCCUUAUACCAUAGACUGUAUGUAAAGAUUAAUGACUCAAAGUCCUCAUAGGCAAGUGUUGCCAAACUGGUGCUGUUAUUUAUGGCUAAUGAGACCAAACUCCUGUCUUCUAAAUAAAUGGACAGAGGGUCAUAACUGCAAAAACCACUAAUCUAAUCUUAUAAAAAGCACUGUGCAAACACAUGGCUGGCUGGAGUUUUCCUGGUUUAGACUGUUAAAAGCAGAUGAUUGGUCUUUUGGGGGUAGGAGUUGGACAUGUGUAACACAAUCACCGUCUCUGAUGUUACAGAAAUCGCCCAUAAAUUUCUUCUCUUAAUUUGUUCAUAUGGAAGGGGCGGGAUUUAGAGCUAUACUGCGACCAGCCACCAGGGGCAAUAAGAGUGUUUUGGCUUCAUGUCUGAGCUGUCACUUCAUCUAUCUUUACAUACAGUCAAUGUAUUAUUUAAAAAAAAAAUUCAAAUUUGCGCAUUUUGUGUAAUAUUUAAAUCGAGGUAUGAAGUUACUCCCAAAGUCCAGAAUCAGCCGGUCAGAAAUCCUCUCUUGCUACAUUUUGUGUCAGGAAAACGGAGUAACAUAUCAUGAUGUCCUCUCGACAGCAAAAUCUGCCUUUCUUAAAAAGCUUUCCUCAAUCUAUUAGGUUAAAACACACAGGAGGCACUUCUAAAAAUAAAGAACUAUCUGUGGUCAGUGCCUGUCUAACCAUUAUGAUCUUUACCUUUGCUGUAUUGGAUCUGUGUGUUUUGUAUUUGUGGUUUUAUUGUGUCAUGGUGGUUGUUGGUCUCAGUUACCUGUUUAUGUUCUCAUUACCUGUUUGUUUUCUUACAGAGACCUGUCUAUUGGAGAACUUGAAUUCUUUUGAUUUAUUUUUGUAUCACUCUCUUUGAGGUUCAUUAGAGGAGAAACUGGAAAAGGAGAUGUUGAUGCCUUAAUCUGUGUACUUCGAGUUGGUUUUUAGACUUUUGUUUCUACCAUUUUAUUGUGAAUAACACUGAGCAUUGAUUACUUUGUUUUGAUAACUUCUGUACUUAAUUGGAAAUAAAAAGAAAAACUUCUCUCAGA